UACUUCGGCUCCCCGGUGUCAGGAGGAUCUCCCCACUGCAGGCGAUUUAUACCCAGCGAGUUCACUCGCCGGCGGUCUCGUCCUGCGAUCACAAUUCUGUUGUUGCAGCAGCUUCACCUUCUCAUAGCUUCUCGGAGAUCCCUUAACCAAAACUAGCCUAGUUCGUUCGGGAAGGAUCAGGCAGAGGGACGAUCUUCACGGUGCAUCAAAAAAAAUGGGCUCAAAUCCUCCCAUCGGAAGCGAACAAUGGAGCAGCGGGCUUUGUGAUUGCUUCCAAGACUGCGGCACAUGCUGCUGUGCAUGGUGCUGCCCGUGCGUCGUGGUCGGCCAGUUGGUCGAGAUUAUUGACCAAGGCAUUACAUCUUGUUCGAGUGCUGGAUGCCUUUAUUGUCUUCUUCAGAGCUGCACCGGAAUGGGAUGUCUGUACACAUGCGGGUACCGGGCACGACUGAGGGCAAAGUAUGGGCUCUCCCCAGAGCCAUGCGGUGAUGUCUGCGUGGACUGGUGUUGUCUUCCCUGCUCACUGUCGCAGCAAUAUCGAGAGCUUGCGGCACGUGGCGUCCAGGCUGAUCUUGGGUGGGCUGCAAACCGCCAAGCUUACGAGCAAUCUGCUCCGCCCGCACAAAAAAUGGCCGGGUACUGAACACACAUGCUUUAAAGAGGAAUCAGAGUGUUCGUAUCCAAUGGGUUGACGAGCUGGAUUAACGCUAAGCUAUUCAAGGAUCCCAUUUUCAAAAGAGCCCCACCUGAUAUCAGGGAUUGUCAAUCCUAAAAAUAACUUCGCACCUCAAGUUUGGUUACCUUGGCCGUUGACUAAGUUUAGUCAAUUUUAGAUCCCCCUUGCAAGUGGUAACUUCUUUGGAAGUGGAGUAGGUACUGCUCAUGGCAUACAAUUACCUACGAGUGUUACUUUAUGCUGUGAUAUCGCAUGUUGCAACGUCAACAAAUUGUCCCUUGUUGCCUUCCUAAAAAGAAAUUGGGUUGAAAAUUGCAUUCA